AUGGGAGACGAACAGAAGCCAACGCCGGAGAACAUGACCAUGAUGCAGGGCUUUGAGUGGUAUGUGCCUGCUGACCAGAAGCACUGGGUUCGCCUUGAGAAGCACAUACCUCAACUCAAGCAAUGGGGUAUCGACAACAUCUGGGUCCCACCGGGGUGCAAGGGCUCCUCUAAGGAUGGCAAUGGCUAUGAUAUCUAUGAUCUGUACGACCUGGGAGAGUUUGACCAGAAGGGCACCAUCCCCACCAAAUGGGGCUCCAAGGAGGAGCUGGUCAGAAUGGCAAACACAGCCAAGGAUAACGGCGUCGGUAUCUACUGGGAUGCAGUCCUGAACCACAAGUUUGCAGCCGAUCGCAAGGAGAAGUGCGAUGCGAAGGAAGUUGACCAGGAGGAUCGCAACAAGGACAUCAGCGAUACCUACCAGAUCGAGGCGUGGGUCGGCUACACGUUUCCUGGGAGGCGUGGCAAGUACAGCAACAUGAAGUACCACUGGUAUCAUUUCAGCGGCGUCGACUUCAACGCCAAGAACGAGAAGAACGCCAUCUACAAGAUCAUGGGCGACAAGGUCAAGGGCUGGGCCGACGAUGGAGAUGUCGACACCGAGAAGGGCAACUAUGAUUUUCUCAUGGGUUCGGAUCUCGACUAUGAUCACCCAGAAGUCCAGGAAGACGUUCUCAACUGGGGAAAGUGGCUGGCGUCUCAGCUCCCUCUCAAGGGGUUCCGCUUCGACGCCAUCAAGCACUACAGCGAGGACUUCCUGCGCAAAUUCAUCACCAAUAUGGACGAGUCUUACGGCGAGGGUUGGUUUGUCGUUGGCGAGUUCUGGAAGGACAGCCUCCAGGACAUGGAGAGCUACCUCGACCGCAUGGGCAGGAAGUUUACCUUGUUCGACGCGCCGCUGGUUUAUAACUUCAGCCAGAUCAGCCAGGGCGACGGCGCAGACAUGCGCAAGAUUUUUGAUGACACCCUUGUGCAGGCUGCGCCAAUCUGUGCUGUGACACUCGUGAUGAACCACGACACCCAGCCCUACCAGGCCCUCGAGGCCCAGAUCGCAGACUGGUUCAAGCCGCUCGCCUACUCGCUCAUCCUCCUCCGCGACACGGGGUACCCCUGCGUCUGGUACGGGGACCUGUACGGCGUCGACCCGAAGGGCGAGAAACAGUCCUUCCCGCCCUCGUGCGGCGGCAUCCUCCCCAAGCUCACCCUAGCCCGCAAGCUCUACGCCUACGGCCAGCAGGCCGACUACUUCGACUACGCGACCUGCCUGGGAUUCGUGCGCUACGGCACGUGGGACCGCCGGUUCGGGUGCGCCGUCGUCUUGUCCAAUGCCGGCGCCGGAUCCAAGAGGAUGCACGUCGGCGAGAUGCAUGCUGGUGAAAAGUGGACGGACGUGCUUGGGUGGAGUGACCGCGAGGUUGAGAUCGGGCAGGACGGAUUUGGCGAGUUCGUCUGUGGGCAGUGCAGCGUGAGCAUCUUCGUGAAUAAGGAUGCUGAAGGAAGGGAGAAGUUCGGAGAGAAGUUUGACAGCAACAUCUACGACAUUUAA